UUAUUAUUGUUUUGCUACGAAUUAUUUGUUUUAUUACGUGAACUACAUACAAAAUGUGUACAAAAUAAGUAAAUUACGAUCAAUAGAACUUCCAUUAACACGUCUAGACAGUCAAAACACAAUAAAAUUGUGAAAUUACGGUGAUGUAAACAGAUUUAUAAACAGUGUAGUUCCACAACAAAAAAUUUAAUCGGUUGAAAUGUUACCGAUUUUGAUGUAUAAUAAUAUGGAAGGGAGUUCUAAUUCGUUAAAUAAUACGCCUAAUACUAGUUUUAAUCAGUACGAUGAUAGUAUUAUUUUGAAUUGUGUUAGAAAUCGUAAGAAAGUUACGGAAUUGCCGAAUUGUCCGGUCUGUAGUUGCACUAUCAGGCAAGGAGAGUUGGAUUCUCAUUUAAGUUUGGAGGUGGAGAGAUUGCAGAAAUUGUCAGGAAGUGGGUCUAAAAGGAAGCUUAGUGUGAAUUCUAGUGCUAAUCUAGCUGUGCCUGGAUCAAGCACCAGCCAAGAUGUUGUAGAAGAUGAAGUGGACGUCUCAGGCUGUUUGGGCAGCGAUGUUUACCAACGGGUACAUUCCAACCGUCUCCGGCGCCUACGAGCCCGCCGCAGAAGCACCCCGCCCCCUCAACACGGAGAAUGCCCAGUAUGUAACACUACGCUACCAGUGUCCAGGCUACAGAGACACGCACUCCGAUGCCUGAAGCGGACGGGAGCGGAGUUAGAUGAGGAUGUACCGGAUACCAGCUCUGAAGAGGGUAGCAUUGAUGUUGAGAAUGACGAACCAUCUGGCGGUGGCUUCGGGGCGGAGUACCAGUGGUGUGGGGAAUGGAGAGUGAGAGCCACCGCGCUUCAGGACUCUGAGGCAAGAGACGCUACCUGUGUCCGGAGAGCUUCUAACGACCAAGCUUUGGUCGUGGACGGUGAUGAAGAUACGGAAUUAUACGGUCCCCCGCAAUACUCGCCGUCGAGGAUAGCUCCCGAUGCAGAUCUAUCAACAGAUGUAGCUAUAGAUGAACUGACGGACGAUCAAACGGAAGCGGCGGAGUGUUCGGUGAGCGACCGACCAGUGGCGGCUCCCAGUAGCAAAUGUAAUGGACUAGUUGAGGCUAGCGCUGAAACUAGAAUCCAGGCGUUGAAAGCGAGAAUAAAAGACUUGGAACGAAAAGCGAAUGGCGGUGGAGAGGUAAUUAUAAUUUUUAUUGCCAUCUUACUAACAUUACGAAUUCGAAUGUUGUGUGUAAUUUCUUACUCAAUCACAUCUAAAGGGAUGAAUUUGUAACCGGGGAUAGAUUAUGGUAUGGAAUAACGCAUAGGGUUCGUCC